AUGGAUGGCCGCCCAUAUGAAGAUCUUGUGAACGCCUUCAAGUUUGUCAAAAGCAAUUUUGAUUUUGUGGAUACGAGUAGAGCGGUUGCUCUAGGGGUGUCGUACGGUGACUUCAAGAUGAAUUGGAUCCAAGGCCACGAACUGGGCCGCAAGUUCAAGGCUCUCGUCACCCAUGAUGGAAUUUUCAGUACCACCAACUUUGCUUUAGCAACAGAGGAACUAUACUUUUCAAUCCGUGACUUGGAGGAAACGCACUGGCAAUCUCGUGAUAUUUGGAAUUGA